GUCCCAACACCGUUGGAUCUCGUAGAUCUAACCUAAACCCAAAACUACCUACCCUCCUCCCCCAACCACCCCCAACCCCCCAUGAAAACCACAUGCUCUCUCUUUCCCCCACGGCCACUCUCCGUCGUCCUCCGCCGCACUGGCAUCUUUAAGUCGCCGAAAUUACGCUGAAGCUGACUCUAAGAUCCGCACUCCACCUCCACUGCAUUCCGUAAAGUCGCGCUCCAGAUCCAGCUUCUCCGGCUGACCGCUAGAUCGUCACGACCGAACUUUCUCGUGAACGUCCGUUUGGUGAAUUGAUUGCUGUGGACCCUAUUUUCAGCUUGUGCAGAAAGUAAAAAGUUUGCUGCGUAAGUUCGUAGUGAUCUGCGUUUCUGAACUGAAGCUCGUCACUCGAGGAUAGCUCUGUGAUUAGGCUACGGAUUUUGUCUAAUGGAUAUUUGAUUGAUCCACGGCGACUCGGCGAGAGCUUAUGGUGUUAACUUUGUGCACGCUGAUUGAUAACAUGGGCUUACUCUGCAGCAGACAGAGACACAGCAGAGCUGAUUUUGAAGACAACGAGCAGACUGCGGAAAUCGAUAGGCGAAUUGAGCAGGAAACGAAGGCGGAGAAGCAUAUUCAGAAACUUCUUUUACUUGGUGCUGGAGAUUCUGGGAAGUCCACUAUCUUCAAGCAGGCAAGAUGCACUAUUAAACUUCUUUUUCAGAGCGGAUUUGAUGAGGCUGAGCUAAAAAACUACAUCCCUGUCAUCCAUGCCAAUGUUUAUCAGACAAUAAAAAUGUUACAUGAUGGAUCGAAGGAACUAUCUCAAAGCUCAGAGGACUCCUCAAAAUUCAUUCUAUCCGAUGAUAAUAAGCAAAUCGGGGAAAAAUUUUCUGAAAUUGGCGGUAGGUUGGAUUAUCCACGCCUAACUAAAGAACUUGCACACGAGAUUGAAACUCUCUGGGCAGAUAGUGCCAUACAGGAAACCUAUUGCCAUGGAAAUGAACUUCAUGUUCCAGAAUGUACCCAGUAUUUUAUGGAAAAUUUGAAAAGGCUGUCUGAUGCAGACUAUGUUCCUACUAAGGAAGAUAUUCUUUAUGCCAGGGUUCGGACAACUGGUGUUGUAGAAAUCCAGUUCAGCCCAGUUGGGGAGAAUAAAAAAAGUGGAGAGGUAUAUAGGCUUUUUGACGUUGGAGGCCAGAAAAAUGAAAGAAGAAAAUGGAUUCAUCUAUUUGAGGGUGUUUCAGCUGUGAUAUUCUGUGCUGCUAUAAGCGAGUAUGACCAAACUCUCUUCGAGGAUGAAUACAAGAAUCGGAUGGUGGAGACUAAGGAACUCUUUGAGUGGGUCCUAAAGCAACCUUGCUUUGAGAAAACUUCGUUCAUGCUAUUUCUCAACAAAUUUGACUUAUUCGAGAAUAAGGUUCUGAAAGUCCCCCUGAACGUAUGUGAUUGGUUUAAAGAUUACCAGCCAGUUUCUACUGGGAAACAAGAAAUUGAGAAUGCAUAUGAGUUUGUGAAGAAAAAAUUCGAGGAGCUGUAUUUCCAGAGCACUUCCCCUGAUCGUGUUGACCGUGUCUUUAAGAUCUACAGAACUAGUGCCUUAGACCAGAAACUUGUCAAGAAGACUUUCAAGCUGGUAGACGAGACUUUGAGAAGGCGAAACCUAUUUGAAGCAGGUUAUAUAGCUUGAUUUUUUAAUGGUGCUGCUAUAUGGGCCGUAAUUUCUGGAUAAUAUUAAUCAUUUGUUUUUCUCAACCUACAACCCAUUUUCUUCUCCACGAAAAGAAAAACGAAAGAAGGAUGAAAAAUCCCAUACUAGUAUGGAACAAUUACCAUUAUGACACUUUAUUCUCUGGUAUUUAUGUCUGUAAAUGAGGGAUAUCUGGCUGUACAUCACAAUCAUUUGGAGUCACAUUUACUAUAUACUCUUAAUUUGACACCAAGGAAAUGUUAAAAAUAUUGUUUCCCAAAGUUUCUGUAUUACACUUUUUCUUUAUCGUCAUAAACUAAUCUCUCGCAGCAUGAAAUGUGGAGCUAACUAUUAAUUUCCGAAAUUCUAGUAGUCUGCUUGGUCCAUUCUGUGAUAUCGUCUUCCCUCUAUUUUAUUUGUGGGCGUCUGCCAACUUUCUGGUAAUGG